CAGCCGCAGUGGGCUCUUUUGCUGUUAUGCUCGUUCUCGGGCGCCGCCGCUCUGCUCCGUACGCUGCCUGUCGGUGAGCGCACAGUGAUGAGCUACCAGCCUGCUCCGUGCCUCGUGAAUCAGAAAAGGAGGUGACUUAUCAACAUAUAUGACAUUCUCCAGGUGAAAACCACUGAUAAUGCAUGGCGUGUAAGCCCCCAAUCAUGGCCAACAGGAAACGGCCAGGGACUUGUGGGGGUAAUGGUAUGUCUGCUCCCAGCCCUGCCUCCUGGCCCACCCCUCAUCCUGCAGAAUCAUGUGAUCUGAAAGCCCUCCCAGCACGGCAGCGCCCACUCCGUUAUCACAAAGAGACGCACGAUAUGAAAACCCUCCCUCACUCCUGCAAGGCACAAUACACCUCUUCCAAAUCUCAGGAUGUGAGCAACAGCUGUCCGCAACAAGAUGCAGAUGCAGAUGUGGAAAUGAAGCGGUACAGCAACCAAGAUGCAGACUCACAACCCCAAAAUCAACGGCCAGAAACACUAUCUGCACCUGAGCACAACCACGAUGAGCAUCGCCAGGCCAGUUUUCAUGGGGAAGCUGACAGUCUGGAUGAUGACUCCAGUUCUGACUAUAUCAACAACUCUUCAGAAGACGAGGAAGACUAUGAUGAUGGGCUAGCAGAAGAGGAUGAGGGUGUGACCUACUACAUCCGCUACUGUCCAGAGGAUGACAGCUACCUGGAGGGCAUGGACUGCAGCAGCCAGGGAGGCUGCAACCACAGCCACAGUCAGGGGGGCUGCAACGCCGACAUGCCUCCACGAGGAUCCCACACUAGCGAAUGCCAUGAGGCUGGAGAAGGGUGGACUGAGGAGGGGGAGGCAGAUGGGGAGGAAGAGGUGCGAGAAGAGGAAUGGGUGGAAGAUGAGGAAGGAGAGGGGGCAGUGAGGGAAGAGUGGCAAGAAGAUGAAGAAGCAGUGGAGGAGUGGACGGAGGGAAAUGAAGAGACACAUGAGGAGUGGAGAGAAGAAGGCCAGGUGAGGCAGGAGCAGUGGCCAGAACGGAAACGCCACAGGGUGGAGGAGUGGGCUGAGGGGGAGGGAGAGGUCCGCUGUGAGGUGUUGGAACAAGAUCCGGAUGAGCAGAUUUAUAAUGGACGACCAGAGCCCAUUCUGGACCAUCACCACCACAACCACCAGUCUGCCGUGGAAGAGGCCAUGUACAACCAACAGGCCGACAGAGAGGAGGAGGAAGAGGGUGAAGAGUGCUGCCUCAACGAGGAGGAAGACGAGGAAGGUGAUGAGCACAGAAGAGUUUACACCGGAGACUACUAUGUUCCUGAAGACAAUGGGAAUUCGGUUCGAGUGUCUCCUUACCGUAGCCGUAAAGUGCUGGUGGUAGAGGGGGAAACGGGGGAGGAGGCCGAGGAGGACAUUGAUCAAAUCGUCGCUGAGAUUAAGAUGAGUAUGAGCAUGGGGAGUCUAAGCAGUAGCACGGACCAAAGCCCUGAGGAGCUCGCACAGGACCCUGCACCAAAUGACUACCCUCACUCUAAGUCUGAGGCAGCCUAUCCACCUGCUCACCACCGCCAUGACAUUCGGCCAAAGUCCCUGAAUCUCCCCUCCAUGCACCACAACAACCCUGAGCUCCAAAGGAGCAUGAAGGCACACUCCCCUGAAGACAGACAGAGAUGGCCACAAGAACAGGUGAGCAAUGGUCCUGAACAACCCAGGAAACAGCAGCGAUCUGACCUCAAUGUUCCUCUGGAGAACAACAAUGUACCAGAGCCAACAAAGAAAACGGCAUCCUUCCCCAGCUUUGUCGAUGUCCCAGGGCCCUGUGAGCCAGAGGACCUGAUUGAUGGCAUUAUCUUUGCUGCUAACUACCUGGGAUCCACCCAGCUGCUGUCUGAGAGGAACCCCUCCAAGAACAUCCGCAUGAUGCAGGCGCAGGAGUCCGUCAGCAGGGUCAAGAGGGUUCAGAAGGCUGCCAAAAUCAAGAAAAAGGCGAGUGCCGAUGGAGAUGCUCAGACUCUCACUGAGGUUGAUCUGUUCAUCUCUACCCAACGCAUCAAAGUACUGAAUGCAGACACACAAGAAACGAUGAUGGACAAUGCACUGCGCACCAUCUCCUACAUCGCCGACAUCGGGAACAUCGUGGUCCUGAUGGCGAGGCGGCGGAUGCCUCGGACCGCCUCGCAGGAUUGUAUUGAGACGACACCUGGUGCUCCCGAGGCUAAGAAGCAGUACAAGAUGAUAUGCCAUGUCUUUGAGUCUGAGGACGCCCAGCUCAUCGCCCAGUCCAUUGGUCAGGCGUUCAGCGUGGCCUACCAGGAAUUCCUGAGAGCCAACGGGAUCAACCCAGAGGACCUGAGUCAGAAGGAGUACAGUGACAUCAUCAACACACAGGAAAUGUACAACGAUGACCUCAUUCACUUCUCCAACUCAGAAAACUGCAAGGAGCUGCAGCUGGACAAGAGCAAAGGGGAGAUCCUGGGUGUGGUGAUCGUGGAGUCUGGCUGGGGUUCCAUCCUGCCCACCGUUAUCUUAGCCAACAUGAUGAAUGGCGGCCCGGCAGCUCGCUCUGGAAAACUCAGCAUCGGAGACCAGAUCAUGUCCAUCAACAACACCAGCCUCGUGGGGCUCCCACUCGCCACCUGUCAGGGAAUCAUUAAGGGCUUGAAGAACCAGGUUUCGGUGAAAAUGAACAUUGUCAGCUGCCCUCCUGUUACCACUGUGCUCAUCAAGAGACCAGAUCUGAAGUAUCAGCUGGGCUUCAGUGUCCAGAAUGGCAUUAUCUGCAGCCUGAUGCGAGGAGGCAUCGCCGAGCGAGGUGGGGUCCGCGUGGGUCACAGGAUCAUAGAGAUCAACGGGCAGAGUGUGGUGGCCACGGCACAUGAGAAGAUCGUCCAGGCGCUCUCCAACUCUGUUGGCGAGAUUCACAUGAAGACCAUGCCGGCGGCCAUGUUCAGACUCCUCACGGGACAGGAGACGCCCUUGUACAUAUGAGACAACGGAGAGGAGCCUCUCCACAGAACAAACAGAUGUUACAGAGCAAACUGCUCUCAGAUCAGCCACUGGGAGGAGGACCACUCCUGUCUUCUUUUGCUCUUUUCAGCUGAAGACUUCUAUCACUCCCUUGUCUGUGUUAACAUGCAGCAGCUAUUUAAUGACAGGAGAUGUUUAAUCCAUCUGACACAGACCAGGCAGCACACGUGUGUGAAAAUUGUUUAUUUAUUUGUCCUGUUCGUUAUUUUUUUGUCACAUCAGUGAAACUGUGGAUGGGCUGAAGUGAGCGAAUGUGUCAGUUUAUUUUUUUAAAUUCAUGCAAUGCAAUAUGGCCCUUCUGCUAUCUCCCACGUAAACUCAUCCUCAGUGACUGAAGGUGUUUGCUGCAGAGGGGGCGGAGCUGCUUUGUAAAUAUUUCCUGAGUCUCUCGGUCGAGUUGGAUCAAAAUGACGGCGAAGGCACAAUUACAAGCCAGUAGGAGUUGUCGGCGUUGAGAGUGAUUUAUGCGUUUGCCGGUCUGGAAUAUUAAACACAUGGACGCCCACAGCCGGGGGUCAUGGGAGAAAUGCCACAUUCACUUUAAUCGACAUCAUUUUCAAGACAAUAUACAAAUUUAGCCUCUAGCAGCGAGUCUUUUUUUAAUCUCAUGUACAAAAUCGCACAUUUAAAUAACAGUAAGCAUACAUUAAUCCUGCUUUUGGUACCAGGAGUAGGGAGGAGGCCAUUUCUUUCGUCUUUACCCUUCUGACUGGAGCUCAUGCAUACUAAUGAGUGGACUGUGAAUGUAACCGUGUUGUGUGAGUCGUCUCAUUGCUAUAAGCAGUAUUAGAAUGUCUGUACAUAAACAGAAACGUGUCCAGUAUUGUGCUCAUGUUAGGAAACUAAACCCACUCCAAACAUCCGCCCGGCUCUACGUCGCCCUUCACACCUUGUGAUUGGGGCAAGGGCCUCGCCUCGAGGUGAUGGCUUCAGUAGUAAACUCGAACUGUGUGAACUUAUCUGUGUGCAUGCCUCGUAAAGUAGUAUCAUGUCAUUGUGGCAAGAUAAUAAACCUGAGCUGAACCUGGCUUUAAUUA